AGGCAGAAGGAAAAUGGAAUAAGGAGUUUUUUAAAUCUUCUAUUAAUUAAUGAAUGCUUAAAAAUAUAGGCUGAUAGUUUUAACAGGACAGCAAACAGAUUUUUUAAUUUUUUUUCAGGAUUCACUCUUUCAUUUUUUAGGAUGUGGAAGACUGUAGAUGUUCGAAUCUUGCUGUUAGUUCUUUCAUUCUUUACAAGCAUGAAGACUACAACAUUGUUGUCAGAUCAGAAAAAAUGUGGUGACCCAGAAUGUGAAACUUCAAUAAUCCGAGUGCAAGCCAUUAAAGACUACAUAGGACCUGACUGCCGCUAUCUCAGUUUUAAAUCAGGAGAAGAGAUAAUGGUAUACUUCAAACUUUCAGGGAAAAGUGAGGAUUUGUGGGCAGGAAGUAAAGGUAAGGAUUUUGGAUAUUUCCCAAUGGAUGCAGUCCAGAUUGAAGAAGUUUUUGUUACAGAAGAAGUAGAAGUUCCAACUAAGGAAACUGAUUUCCUUUGUCUUGAUGGAGGGGAAUAUAUUUUUGAAAACAAAGACAGCAUAUUUAACACUGAGGAUAAAGAAAAUGAAUAUAUAACUCUUUACACUGAUGAAAUACACUCAAAACUAAACAAGCCCAAAGAUGAGGCUCCGGAAAUUACAGACAUUUCCUUCACAAAGGAAUAUAAAGAGCUGUUUCUUGACAGCGAUGAAUCUGACAGCAAGUCCAAAGACCAGCAUACCCUGGAAACUACAAGGCAUGGCAAUUCAGAACUCAGAAACAGGAUGACUGAAGUAGAUAAGAACAUUCAACAAGAAGACCAAAAGAGUCAGAGUCUGAAACCAGUCUCAGAAGAAGCUACAUGGUCUGUUUCUGGUAUUGCAGGUUGGCUUGGUUUGGGAGGCCAACCAAAAGAGGAGCCCACAAGAGAAAUUUCAGAGACUGUAGAACAAAUUACAUUCAGACACAGAAAAAUAGCCAUAACUGAUGACAGUGACUUAAAAAAAUUAAAUGAUGAUAGUGAAACAGAGCCAAAGACUUGGUUUCCGAGUACUUUGACAGAUUUGAUGCAUUUUGGAAGUAGUAAGGCUGGAUUUGGUUUGCUGUAUAAAGAAAAUGAUCCAGAUGCCCAGGACCUCUCCAGAAUCACUGGGGAUUCUGAUCACCGUGACAGCACUACAGUAUCAGAUACACAAGAACAGGAGCCCAGUGAUUCAGCAUUAUCCAAAUCAAAUUGGUUUGAUUUAGAUAUAAGUGAUAUUUUGACUUUUGGGUACUCUAAUGAGAAUGAAGUCAGAAAAGAGAAAUAUGAAGGAGGAGAAGCAACAAGUAAAAACAAAGAGUCACUGCCUCCAAGUGUAUAUUCUGUGGGGAUUUUAAUGGAUCAAGGUUUGGAAAAGCGAACAUCCGAAUCAGCAGUACUCCAUGAAGAACAAGAAAAGCAUGUUCAAGAAACCACAGGCAUUAAAAAAACAGAUUCCAAAGUGCAGUUAGCAAAUGAAGUUACAGGCUUCAAGGAUGCUACAGAUACAUCUGUUUCCACUGAGACAGGUGACAAACUACUCGAAUCUCUCUAUACAGAACAUGGUUCAGUGUCAGGCAGCAAAGUUAUGGAAAACAUUGACACUAAAGCUAUAAUGAAGGAAUCAGAAAGAAAAAAUGACCAGUCAGGUACAAUUCAUACAGGACAAUUAUCUGAUGGUACAUCUACAGAGAGAAAUCGUUUAAAUUCAGAUAAGAAACUUAACAGUGGUCAUUAUUCAGAAACAAACAAAAUUCCACCAGUAAAUACUGAGGAGAAAAUAUGUACUUCAGAGGACAGUGGCCAGUUGAAUUUGAAAGAAAGAGUAUUACUGAGAAAUAUAAUGACUCAAAACUCUACUUUCAAAUAUGCAGAAAGAGAAUGGCUAUUCCAAAUAGUCCUGUAUUUGAAUGACAUCUGCGACCUUAUGAAGUCUGCAUUUUCAUAUAUGAUGUUUAUGAGCAGAAAGGUUGUUGCAGCAUUGCCUGAAAAUGUGACACCUGGUCCAAAUCUUUAUGGCUUCCCUUGGGAAAUGGUGAUUUGUUUUGCCAUUGUUGCCCUUUUAAUUGUCUUACUACUAAUGUACAGGAGCUAUCAGUCAGUUAGAAGUAGACUUUAUGUUGGAAGAGAAAAACAACUUGCUAGUAAAGUUGCUGAACUUGUUGAAGACAAAUGUAAAGUCCUAGAAAAGCUCAGCCUGUGCAAAAAAGAGUAUGAAGAGUUAGAAAACUCCUUGAAGGAUGCUAGCCUUCUAAAUGAGGCAACCAGUGCAUCAAACAUGAAGACAGUAUGUGAAGAACUGAGCAGUUCAAACUCUGUUCUCAAGAGGGAAAUGGAAUGUUUAGAAAAAGAACUGGAAGAAGAGAAGUCUAAACGAUCACAACAAGAUGACUUGAUGUCUGAAAUGCAGAGAAGAAUGGAGUCUUUAGAAAAUGAAACAAAAUCUAUUUAUCAGCAAAUAGCAGAAGCUAAAACCACAUUAAAAGUAUAUGAUAUCAACAGAGAGAGACUGAGGACAUCAAUUCAAGAUGCAGUAGAGGAAAAUAGCCAUCUUUGUGAAAGUGAAAAGCAGCUGUUACAAGAAGCUGAAGGAUGGGGUGAAAGAUUUAAUGAACUGAAUGAACAAACAAAAAUGUUUGAAUCUUCUAAAGCAGAUAUGGAGGAAUCUCUUACAAAUAAGGACAGUCAAGUCAAGUCACUGACUGAGCGCUUGUUGAAGAUGAAAGACUGGAGCUGUGCAAUAGGGGAACAUGAUGAUAUAGAAGACAACUAUUGGGAUAAUGAUAAAAAGGAGGAAACAGAAAACGGGGAACAUCUAGAUGACCAGGAAAAACGAACUGUGAGGAAGCUGAUUUAUGCUGCUAAGUUAAAUGCUUGCCUAAAAUCAUUGGAAACUGAAAAAAAUCAAAUAUAUUCAAAGCUAACUGAUGAAAACAAAGCAAAAGAGGAACUUGCAGAACGCAUUGAAAAUCUGCACAGAGAACAUGUGGUGUUGCAGUCUGAAAAUACACAGUUUGAAAGUGAAGUUCAAAAGCUUCAGCAAAAACUAAAAGUCAUGACAGAGCUGUAUCAAGAAAAUGAAAUGAACCUCCACAGGAAACUAACCGUAGAAGAAAAAGAACGUUUGCAAAAAGAAGAAAAACUUUCUAAAGCUGAUAAAAGGAUUAAUCAUGCUGCUGAAGAACUAGCCACUUAUCGUCAACGGGCAAAAGAUCUAGAAGACGAGCUGGAAAGAACAGUUCGCUCUUACCAAAAUCAGAUUAUGUCACAUGAGAAGAAAGCUCAUGAUAAUUGGCUAGCAGCCCGGGCAGCUGAGAGACACCUCAAUGAUAUAAGGAAGGAAAAUUUGCAUUGUAGACAACAAUUAACAGAAGCAGAAUUUAAAUACGAUUUUUUGGAAAAAGAUCCUUAUGCGCUUGAUGUUCCGAUUAGAGCAUUUGGCAGAGAACAAUCCCCAUAUGGACCCUCACCAAUGGGCAGACCUUCAUCUGAAACAAGAGCUUUUCUUUCCCCCCCAACCUUAUUGGAGGGUCCUUUAAGACUUUCACCUGUGCUUCCAGGUGGAGGAGGAAGAGGAUCAAGAGGACCAGGAAAUGCUGGCAUUUAUGAAGCUGGUAAUGAAAGGGAAGAGCUGAGUUCUGACAGGUUAUCUAAUCCUCACAGACCACCUUCAGACAGUGGCUCUUUGUCACCUCCGUGGGACAGAGAUCGCAGGAUAAUGCCUCUUCCUGCAGGUCAGCCAUAUAAUGACCAAUCUCUUCCCCCUCGAAGACAAGAGAGAUUUUACCCCAACCUUCCAACCUCUGGAAGGCUUUCAGGACCAGCAGAGCUAAGAAGUUACAAUAUGCAUUCUUUUGAUAAAACAGAUGGACACACAGCUGAGAAUAACUCAAGAAUGGACUUGAGUGGAAAUGGAAUAAAAGACCAUCCCAAUGAUAGUGAUAUGCUCAAUGCAUCAGACCAGCCUCUUGCUCCUGAAAGUGAAACCUUUGGUCCUGGGAUUGUGCCUCCUCCUCUCCCUUUACUGAGAGCUCCUCUAAUGCCAAUUGAUCCAAGGGGGCCUUUCAUGAGAAGAGGCCCUCCCUUUCCACCACUGCCUCCCACAGGUGUAUAUGGACCUCGUGAAUAUUUUCCAAGAGAUUUUGCCAGUCUGCCACGUCCUUCAUUGCCAAUGAGAACUCCAUUUCCAUUGAGGCCUUUUUCCCAAUAUCCACCUCCAAGGGCUGGAUUUUUUCCACCCCCUCCUCCUCCACCACAAGCACCACUUGAUAACAGCAAUGAACUGCCUGCUGGAUUAACUCAGCAAUCAACUUCAUCCCCCGCAGAUCAUCAAGAACCACAACCGGAAACUUGACUGAAUUAUUGGCUGCUAAGUAACGGCUGUUACUUAAGCAACUCUUGUGUUAUUGCUCAAAUUGAAGCUUAAUAGAUUUGUUCUCAGGAGAGUGCGCUGUAAAUAAUGGUUGAACUGUGAAUAAAUAAUUUUAUUGUACAGUAGCACUUUUAAAUAAUUUUUAAUCUGUGAAUGUGUAAGAUGUACAAAUCCGUCCUGUGUAAGAAUAUUCAGUUAUUUCUGGCCACAUCUGGUUUCAUAAGAAAUAAUUGCAUAUGAAAAGAAGACUUAAAGGCAAAUGUGAAAAAAUAUUAAAAUGAAUAAAAAAUAUUAAAAUAAAUGAA